UAAAAAUUAAAGUUUUUUGAUUUCUUUAGGAGAUUUGUGAGGUUUUUUGAAGUAUACUGUAAGUGUAGUCACGUUCUUUUCGUUACUGGAAAUGGAGUCUCCGACACCACAAACGUCUGAAGCAGGCGUUGAUAUUCCUAAUGUUCGAAAGCUAAAAUGUCGAUUUAACGCCACAUCUGAUCUCGUUCUCCUGGACCUCGUCAAGCAUUACAAUCCCUACGUCGCGGAUAACAAAGGUGCUGCUUGGAAAGAUAUCGUAAGAGCUCUGGAUGACACUAAGAUUUUUGUGAAACCUGUGACGGAAAGAGCUGCGAAGGAUCGGCUAACGAACUUGGUCGCCUGGUUCAAGGCAGAAGAUCUGCGAAACAAAAGCCGCAGUGGUACCGAAGAGCAAUAUGGACGCAUGGAAAUGCUCCUCACCGAGAUAUGUGAACUUAUAAAGGGAUCGGAGGAUGCGGAGGCGGAGAAGAAACGCGCAGCAACUCAGGCACAGAAAGAACGCCAAGAAAUCUCAAAAAUUAUGAAGACUGCUGGCGAACGCGGCCGCAAAAUUCCGAACGACGAGGAAGACCAUCUGAAUUUGGCAAUUUCAGCGGCUUCCUCGCUCGCUUUAAAUAAGGAGGAAUGGAUGAAGGAGACGGGCUGUGACGAGCAGGAUUGGGUCGAAGAACUGAAGUCUCGAGAGGUCCAAAAACAUUCGUCUAAGCGAAUGAAAAUUUCACCGCGAAAAUUUAAGUUUGUUGGAUCUCCCAAAAAAGCGCUGGAGAAAAAGCUCCGCACGUCGCGCUCAAAUGCGGCAAAAGUCCAGAAUGUUGAUGCUGAGGAGAAGUGGCUGGACUACUUUAAGGAGUCAGACAAUAAGCGCCUGGAGUUUGAAAAAUCAAAAGCCGCAGAAGAAAUGGCCGCAAAAAUGAAAUUGGCAGAAGACGCUAAGGAAGUGCGCUUAAAGGAACUGGAAGUGGAAAAAUUACGUCUUCAAGUCGAACUGAAAAAAAUUGAGAACGAAAAAAUUCAGGAAAAAUAUUAUGGCUUGUAG